CGUCCUCACUGGUACUAGGACCCUAAAGUCAUCCUCACAACCUAUCCAAUCGGCCUGCCUCUCGCAUCCCCUUCUCUUUUAAGCCUGCUAGAGUCGAGGAAGAAGGAGGAGGGGGACAUUGCGUCUCCUUGCUAGCGCUAAUUCCGCUGCCGCCAGAACUCGUCGCCGUGCAUGAGAAGAGAGAGAGGAGAUGUGGUUGUUGAGAAACAAAGUGUUGCAACACUCGGUUGUUGUAUGGUGUUCCUCUGAAUAAUCAGUAUUGAUAAUGACAUCUUCCUCUAAAUAAUAACAUGAGUAAAAAGCGAUUUGUGUUGUGCUAUAACACACACGGAGCACUCGUCACAAGAUUCUUUGUCCAGUGCCGAAUGCCGAUCGCCCACCCCCAUCCUCCAUCCACAAAAGCGAAGCGAUUACGCCAUGCACGAGCCGACAUGUCACACUUGUGUGCACCGCGCGAAUAUGUUCUCUCCUCCAUAAACCAACCAAUACGCCCACGGCUAGCUUAAUUCACCGCACCAUCACUUCGCUUGCAAACUCUCGGCUCCGUCAAGCACAGUGCACAGCCAUGGCUGCUCGCAGACUCGCACUCGCCGCCGCCGCCAGCUGCCACGCUCUGCGCAGAGCGCUCCACGACAAGCUCCGCGCCGUCGAGCUGCAGCUGCAGCUGCGGGCGUGCCACCGUUCCCUCGCCGGCGCGUCCUCUUCGACUCCGGCGUCGCCCGCCGUGGCCGCGCUCGGCGCGCUCCUGCUCAUCUGUGGCGCCGCGGCGUUCCCGCGAGCCGCGGCCUUCUUCCUGCCGCUGGUGGCGUCCACCUCCCUCUGCUGCGCGGCGGCGUGCCUGUUCGCCGCCGAGGAGCGGGCCGCGGCCAAGGAGGUCGCUGUGGAGGUCGUGCUCGUGGGCGGCGAAGGGAAGGCCGAGGCCGGGCUGCUGCAGGUGAUCGGCGAGGCCAACGCCAGCGCGUACGUCGACGGCGUCCAGGUGGGAUGCUUCCUGCGCAGGUCCGCGAAGCAAGGCGUCGACGAGGACGGCGAGGAGGUCGUCUUCGCCGGCACGCUGGCACCUUGCGCGGCAGGCGCCUUCGGCGUCGGCGCCGAUGCCGGCGGCGGCCAGAGGCGCGGCGCGCUGGAGGAGGAGCUCCUGGCGCUGCGGGUGGACAGGCUCGCCGAGGGCGUCUGGGACAGCUACUUCGGCGGGUGGUCCAGGUGGCACCACAUCGACGCCGCAGUCUCCUGCAGCUGAGCACUUGAUGACUCUGGUUCACCAUUAGGACCGUUUGAGAUAGAGCGGGGAUUUGUCUAUGCUACUGUACUUAUGUGAAAUUCAUGAAUUCUAAAUACAAAUUUGACCUAAAUUUGUGUUCGUA